UUAUGAAAUUAUUACUAUAGUCAUGAACUUAAGAAUGGCUAAAUCCAUGAAGUCUAGAAAUGCUUUGGGUAAAAAAAAUGAAUGGGAAUGUUUAACAUUUAAUUUUGACCAUGUGUUUGUAAACCAUUGGUUUUUACAUUGAGUGGUCAGGAUUAUUGCAAAGUCUUAAUCACCACCAACAUAACAAUGAAUGUUCAGAAGUGUUAAUUCAGUGACAUUAUUUAGAUACAUGUAUUAUAAUUAAUAUUUUUCCUAAUUUUAAUAUCCAUCUCCCUAUUUUAUAAAAAAAAAAUUAGUUUUGUAUUUAUUUAAUUAUUAAUCAUAUAGACCCUAUGGCAUGCAGUUAUUGACAUGUAAGUUAGCAAAAUUAUCAGAUUGUCAUUUCAGCCCUAAAGCUGCUAAGUAAUGAUACAUAAAGGUGUUUAUUUAAUUUACAUGUUAAUCCUUGCAUCCAAUACAACUACUCCAUAAUACUAAAUUCAUUUAAUAAUUUUUAAACUGUAAAGACUAUUUAGUUGUACUCUUUCCCCUAAAAAAGAAAUAAUCAGAUUGUCUUAUUUGAGACUAAUUGAUCCCCUCUUUGGACUAAGACUGAUUACUUAAUUAGACUGGCUUAGUUUGACCAGGGCUCUCCUGGACUGCUAAGAGAAAGCACCUGUUGUGGUGUGACAUUGGAGGAGCUAACAGAUUAUCAGUGUCCUGGGGAGUCACAGCAAACUGUGAAACCAAACAAAACCCAGCUCUGCUCUUUGAUGUGGGAGAUAUGAGACAAACCCCCUCCUCUUUCUUUUCUGAUAUAUGCAAGCAAGCAUCACUGUAAAGUAAACCCUCUCAUUUAUACUGUAAAGAUAUCACUAAUUUGAAUCACUGUCAUUCUUUCAGAUCUAGUUUUUAAUUUAUUUAUUUUUUUUGUUCCUACCAAUUUGCAUAAUAAUUUUCAUUCUCAUGUAAAUGAAAAAAAAAAUGAAGUUCAAGAAAUCUAAGCAGCAUCUUCUCUAAAUCAAUAAUUAUUUUAAUGAAGUGAUCUGAAAAAUGCAAAAAUUCUAUUUGCCUUUAAAAAAAACAUACCUGCAGAACUUAAACAAAAAAGACAGUUUUUAUUUCCUUAGUUGUUAGUUCCAAUUGACUGAAUACCUCUUUGUGCAUGGAAUAUCCCUGUUAAUUAUCAUAUUUAUUGAGAUAUUGAUAUGAAUUUUGAUGUUCCAUAAUAGAAUCCUGAAUACCCAGGAGUACCUGUGUCUUUUUACGUAAUAUUGAUUUUUAAAAUCCCUUUGGGGACCCUAAUAUUAGAAGCUUCUUGAUGUAAAGGAAUUAUACUAACUGCUCUGACAGCUGGCUUUGGAACAGGUGUUGUAAAGCAUUGUAUGGGAGAUCUCCAAUGUCAUUGGCUGGCCUGGCAAGCCUUGGGCCAAUCAGAACACAUGUAGCAUAGUUCAAACUCUGUUGUUGUACUUUGUUUAGAUACCCAUGUGUAGUAGUGACCACCAUGUUCAUGAAAUGUGAUGAGAAUAUAUGGGAAAUUACUUACAGUGGUAUUAAUUGAGGAAAUUCAGGACACAGUGAGCAUUUGUUGGAAAAAUUAAAGCCAAUUUCUGAAGUAUUUGUGGAAGAACUCAACUAAUGAGCCCACUAGGAAAAGUGUAAACAAACUCAGUGUCCAGUCAGCAUGCUUCUGGAGAUGAAGACUUGGAUAAUACAGAGAUAGACACAGAGUCUGCCUUAGAUGAACCACUGAUAGAAACUAUAAGUAAAAGAGUCAGUUUAUUGGUGUCCAGUAAUUAUCUCUCAUCAGUCAGUCACUCAAACAGGAAGUGACCAGUGUGUACAUACAGAUACUAUAGUGCUCCAUCUACUGACAAUGAUGUUGUAACCAUAGAUUUUUGAAAUGGAUGUUAGUGCUACAAAUAGGUGACCAGUCACUUGAGAUUUUAUUUACACCAGAAUUUAUAGUGCUUCUUGUUGUGUAUCUGGUGCAGGACAUCUAUGGAUGACCUACUCAAAGCCAGAAAAAUGAAAAUGACCAAUCUGAGCCUGGGUGAUCUAUACUGUGAUGUCAAUAGCCCACUGUCUGAGAUGAUGGAGUACAGGGAGGCCCCAGCCAGUCCCGGGGCUUCCAGCGUCCACAGUCUGGACAAUGGGGGCAUGGACAAUCUGGGUUCCCCCACCACCCCCUCCUCACCCACCCCUGUACCCCCAGCAGAAAUAGCAGAUGAGCGCCUACCAAAUGAGCUGCUGGAUGAAAUCUGUGAGGACAUUGGGAUGAAGGAGGGGAUGGAACUGGAUUUUGUGGAGUUUCUGAUGGAACAGGAUAUGGUGGAUCCUCAAGUGUACAUGACCCCUGAAGCUAUCCGGAACACUCUGUCCUCUGUGGCGUCUUCAUCAGCAGCACAGACUCAGGGUGGGAUGAUGUCAGUCCCACCCCAGCAGCCUCCAAUGAUGUCCACUCCAAAACACAGUGACAUAAGCUCUUCCUCCCGAGGAUGUAGCAGUCCCACCACUACCUACUCUCUGGCCUCCAGUACAAACUGUACAGUGGCCACCUCCAGUGGCUCUAGUAGUCCUGUUGCCAAAAGGUUCCACCUGUCCACAUCAGGACCCUCCAGUCCGGUGCGGACCACUGCUCCUCCCCUCUCACCUCAUGGAGGAGUUUUCAAGGCACCACCAACCCCUCCCACCCCCAGACGCUCCUCUCAGUCACAACAAAGCAUUGCCUCCCCUAGUAUCUCCAGCACUGUGGGGCCUCAGCUACAGAGACCAUACUCUCCUGCUAAUGUGCCUUCAUCUCCAUCACAGAAAUCCGUGCCACCACAAUUCAACCAGCCACAAGGCCAGUCACAGACCCAGAUGGCUCCACCAAAGUCUAUCCCACCACAUAUGCAAAGACAGAACAGUCAACACAACUACCAGAGGUUGGGGAGACCAGCCCCUCCUAAUGUCAACAUACAAAACAUGGCCCAGCAUCAGAAGUGGACCAGUCAGUCCAACAGUCAGCUUCCCAACGGCAUGAUGGGUAAUCAACAGUGUUCUAUGAAUAACCUAGGUUAUCCCCCCAAUCAGCAGUACCAGAGGUCUAUGGAUUCUCCCUGUGACAAUGGAUACUAUUCAGGUGAUACAAACAGUGUGAGGAGCUACGGGUCCUCCUCAGUGUCCUCCACAGUCCAGUCCUCUGUGUCCUCAGCCCAGACUGCCAUACACAAUCACACCUUCAACAACCGCCAGACCAUGCAGACCAUGCCUCCCCAGCAACAGCAGCAGCAGAAAAACGUCCACUUCAGCGACCUUCAGACCCAUCAACAGAACGGGGCACCCCUCCAAAGACAGAACUCCGGAUACAAUCAGGGCUACGACCCAAGUGACUGUGAUUUAGAGAACGAGUUUAGUCAGAGAAAUGUGCCAUCUAAGAUCAUGCCGAGGUUGACACCGUCCAUGAAAUCGGACAUUGCUCCAUACAUGGUGCCUGGUAAUAAUAAUGGCUCCAUGAGUCCUUACGGAGACUACUCCCGAGGCAAUAACAGUCGACCGGGAAGUGGGGAUAAUCCCAUGGUUUCUAUGCAAAAUGACUAUUUUUCACAAAAGCCUGGUGAAAUAUUUAAUGUGGAUAACAAUCAGAAUUCGAUGCACAUGAACAAUUACAAUAAUUCUAUGCAACAUCCACAGCAGAGUGAUAUUCAAGAGCCUGGGUACAGGCCAUCCUGUUCAGGGGGUGCUCCUAUAGGAAUGCAGCCCCUUAGGCAUUUUGAUGGACCAACCUGUGGUAUGCCACAAGGAGAAGCAUUAGGGGACCCAAUGUAUAUGGACCGAACAGAUGCAUACAAAAUUGCUAUGGGAUAUUGUGAUAAUCAGUAUGAACCACAAGGCCAAAACAUGAACAACAGUUGUUUGAGCAUGGACCAAAAAAUGGGCCCUGGGAUGAUGAAUCCAAAUCAAGGGUACCCAGGUGAAAACUACUGUCAAAACCCUAUGCAGAAUAACGGACCACGGGGAAUGCCCAUGCAGAAUCCUCACAUGAUGGGAGGCCCACCCCAGGGGAACGGAGCUUAUGAUCAAAGUCAGUAUAACAAUCGGAUGCAAUCAAGUGCCAAUAUGAACAAUCCUAUGUAUUCAAAUCCACAAACAUCAAUUAGUGCUGAUAACAUGCAAUGUCAGAACCCAGGAGUGAAUGGACAGAAUUGGGCAGGACCCCAGACUCCUGGAAUGCAUUCCAAACCACCUCAUCAGGGAAUGACGCCAGGAAUGAACAUGCACCCUCAGCAGGGUAUGCAGACCCCAGGGUCAAGCUCUAUGCCACCCUGCACCCAGCCCAACUGUCCAAGCUGUAAGACAGGGUCCCCCCAUCGACCCCCCAUGUUGGCCUCACAACAGACAUUCAUCCAACAUCUCAUCUCGGACCGUUCUAACGCGUUCCGUUCUCACCCUCUCUUCCCUCUUUUGCGAGAUCUCAUCAUUGCAGAUAUGAACUUUUGUUCUCCGAGCUUUCCUUACCAACUUAUUAGCAAUCUACCUGCAGAUUUCGACAAACUGUUGCAGAAUUUUCUAUCUCGAAACCCACCGGCAGGAACAUAUCAAGGCAAUUUUGCCAUAGAAAGUGUCAUAAUGGAUGCCCUGAAAUAUGCUCACCACUGUCUUAUAGAGAAAAUUCGGGAUAGACAAGAACAAGACAAAGUCACCAAGAGUACGUCCAAAUCCCUGAGUGCAAUCGAGGAGUUCUGUGAGAAGUUCGACCGCUCUGUGCGACAAAACAUCAUCAAGCCGGCAACGUUUCAGCUGCCUAACCACAGCGGCGGGGUGAACCCCUCGUCUCUGGGCGGUCAGCCUAUGGGAGGAAACAUGACUCCCAACAUGGGGACCCCUACAAAGGACCACAAAUUCAGUGACAUGGACGGCAUGAUGAUGCAAGGGUUGUUUGCCUCACCGAAUGCGAAGAAGGGCUUGGAUCUGGGCGCCAUGUGUUCGCCACACUUCAAGUCCCUCAAGGAUCUGGCUGACUGUAGCGACUCCACCAGUAUCGUCAGUAGCAGCAGUAACCACGGAAAGUCCGAGUCCAAGAAACACCCCAGUCUACCCAAAGAGGCAGUAGCCAUCAUGUUGGAAUGGUUGAGACAACACAAAGACAACCCAUAUCCCAACGAUGACGAGAAGGCAAUGUUGAUUAAACAAACUGGACUCACUAUUAAUCAAAUUAAUUACUGGUUUACAAACGCUCGCAGAAGAAUUCUACCUAAGUGGGCACAGCAGUGUAAAUGAGGCUGCAGUCCGCCACCGAUAGCUCAAACGUCGUCGUUCCAGCCAGGAAAUUCAUACAUAUCACCUAACAGUGCCUGAGGUUACGGUCCAAGGGGAGUAACUCUCACUGCGUCUGGCAAGCUAGUGUCGUCAGAGGGAGCGGACAGGGACACACAUCAGCAUUUAGGAGAGGAGAGCAGUCUGGAUAUGUCAGAAUUAAAUGUGUUCAUUGUCCAUGACAGUUGUUGGUUAGUGCUUUGUAUACAGAUAUCUUUUGGUAUUGUUGUUAUAUCAUGAUGUUUAACGUAAUAUCAAAGCCAUAUUUUUGCUAUGCAUAGAAGUUAGCAUUGCAUUUCUCACCUGUGAUUCUGGGUUGUCCUGCAAGGACUUUUUUUUUUAAUUUCCAUAAACUGUUGUGUCCUAAGGACUUUGCUGCAUUUUAUUUAUUAGUAGAAUUAGGGGGAAAUUAAAAAAAGAAAAUGCAAUUACCAAAACUAGGUGGAAACCAAACCAAUUUGGGGCAAUGAUUUCUGUGCCUAUGUAGAUCGUGACACGGCUUUAGAAUUGGAUAAGGAUAUAUUUAUGAUUACGUAACUUAUAUUUAUAUUUUAUUAGCAUGGACACAAACUCUAAGAGAAAGCUUUUAAUUAAAGGACAUCAAACUUUUUUUAUAUACUGGGUUUUUAUGAAUGAUUUCUAUCUGUUUUUUAUAAAGAUUUUUGUCACCCACUGAGACAAAUUGUCAACUGGAGAUCAAAGCUAUUUAACUUGAAAAACAAAACAAUACCUGUGCCAAAUAUGUCUCCUGUUUGUCUGAUAUUGUCAGAGAAUUUUGGUGCACUUUUGUAAAAUGUAGGUUUAGCAAUACAAAUACUCAACUUAAGUAUCAAGUGAAGUCUAUUUUAGAGAACAGUAUCUCUUUGUUUUAAUCUCUGAGACAGUAAAGCUGAUUCAGGAGACUUUCUUUGUCUUUUCUUUCUCUCUUUCUGUACUAUUUCCCAGAGUUAUGGAACUUGGUACGUGUGUAACAAACCUACGUUGACCUGUUUGUCAGUGUAGCCAUCUUGUAUAUAGUCUGUACAGUGACUCGUUACUAUAUUAUGAUGAAGUCAUUUGUUUAUCUUUCUGAGAGUUUUAUUUGAAGCACAGUUUUAUAUUAAUAGAUACUUGAACCAAAGGGAAGAGAUUCCAUUGUUCAGUGUGUGUUUUGUAAGAAUUUUUUUGUUUUAAAAAAAAGUAUGAUUUUAUAGUUUUUUAACUGCAGUAUUAAUUGAGGUAGAAUAUUGUUUUCUAUAUUUUUAUUUUGUUAUAUCUCAACAUUGCUGUAUUUCAUCUCUUCUUUUUUUUAAAAUUAUGUUCACAACAGCCUGAAAUAGGAUGGAAUAUAUUUAGGAUGUAAAAAAUGGGUAAACAUAAUAUGUAUCUGAUACCAAAGAUUGAUGCUUGAAACACAUGAAUUAUGAGCUUUAUGUGAUGUAAUCAAUUUGUUUUGUCUUGAAACAGAUGUCUCUCGGUAUGGUAACAGCAUAUUGUUGAUGUAUUUGGUUGUAAAUCGCUGAAAUACCUCGCUGUAAAACAGAGAUGGACAUAUCAUAAAAGUCUCUAUCCACUGUCUUUUAAGAACUCUAAAUAAUAUUCAUUCCAAUGUUAACAUUUCUAGAAUUUAUUCAAAGGAAAGCGUAAUGACUAUUUCUUUUAAAAUAGUAUGAAACCAUUCUGCCUUCAAGCAAAAAAAUAUUUUUUAUGUCAAAUAUUAAGAUGAACAAAAUCUGUUUUUGUAAUGAACUUUUAUCUGUUGUUUUUAGCUGGUGGUUUAAACUUUUUACACUGUGCCUUGAUCAAAAAUCAAGUCUUUUACUCUUGGUGGUUUUUAUCAACAACUGCAUUUAAAUUAGGUUGUAUCCACGCAGCAUGCAAGUAGAGGUGCCUUAAGGUAUGCUAUAUGUAGAUGUGAAAUCAUGUUUACCAAUUUGAGAAUGCUUAGACUAUUUCAACUUUUUUUUUACCUCAUUAAAAUUGUGAUGUUGAUUUUAAUGAAA